AUGAAUUGUAUCUUCUUGUUUUAUGGAAAACCCUGUAGCGGGAAAGAUACAUUAAUAAAUUCACUUUUAAAAAAAAAAAGACACUUGCAACUGUUUUUAUACCUGUUACACAACUUGAUAACCAAAAAUGAGUCACGAAAAAAUGAGUCACGAAAAAAUGAGUCACGAAAAAAUGAACCACGAAAAAAUGAAUGGCAGGAAAAUUUAAAAGAAAAGCUAUUCUUUAUCGAAUUAAUUAAGCACUACUACAAAAUUAAAAAUUUAGGACAAAAAAAAGUAUCACCACUGUCAGGGAACCAUGGAAAAGAAGCAGACUUGAAAAAAAUAUCUUGCCACUUUUUAAUUUACCUGACGAGACACCUCCUUAUCAUCUUGAGAAGAUCCUUUUUUAGUACACACUCAUGCAUGAAAAAAAUAAAAAAAUUAUCAAAAGAGGAAAAACUUUCAGGAAAAACGAAUACCAAAUGGGUUAUUUUUACACAAGGUUAUAUAAAAACAAGUGGAAAAAUAAAAAACGAGAUCUCCCAUUGGGAAGAAGCACAUUUGUGGAAAUUUUCCAAUUCCAAAAUAAGGAGACUACAACUAGUUACAAAGUCAAGAAAAAUUAACCUAAUUUAUCACCUUUACAAGACAAUAACAGAAUGGAUAUGCCAUUUUCUUACAUAUUUAGGUAAAAAUAAAAUAAAAAUUUAUAACAUUUCAACAGAUUUUAUAGAAAAACAACUAUAUCAUGGUUAUUCAAGAAAAAUAGCAACCUUAGAAGCAUUCAAAAAGGAAAAAAGAAAACAAUACCGUCUCAUUAUGAAUAAAAAGUAUAUUGUUUAUGAAAGGAAAAAAUUUAAUUAUGGUGCUUUCUAUCCAAUUGUAAGAAGAAAGAAAAUGAAAAAUGAACAUAUUAUUCUGAGAAAAAUGGGAAAAGGGGAAAAAAGGAAAAAACCAACCCAUAUAAAUCAAAUCAAAUACUGGAAAAUAGCUAGACAUAUUGCUUACUCAUACUGCUCUUCGUUAAUGCAUGAACAAAAUCAGAAAAAAAAUAUUUCUCAUGGAACAAUUAAUAAUCAUACCUUUAUCAUACUUAACGAUACAUUUCAUUUGCCCUCAAUGCGGAAGAAGUAUUAUCUUCUUAGUAGGAGAUACCAUUUUAAGUAUGCACAGAUUUACCUAAACGCCCCUCUCAAAAUGUGUUUAGAACGAAACAGACGUAGGAAGAAAUUCAAACCAGUUGCAGAUAAAACAAUUGUGAGGAAUCAUUUUUAUCAUCAAAAAUAUGCAUUAUGGAUGAGAAGGGGAGGUCAAACGAUAUCACCAAACAUGAUUAGUGUAAUUCGGGGUGGUACAAAGUGGCAAAAAGGAGUCCUCUCAAUUCAAGUGGAUUCUUCAGUCCCACAAAAGCUUACAGAGAUAAUGCAACUGAUUUACAACCAUCUGGAUGAAUUUAAAAACGAAGGGAAGGAUAAAAAGGUUCAUGAAGAGGAACAACAAAAGAGGAAAAAUCUCCCAAACCGUUUAGACGUUCUAAACAUAACGAUUAACAAAAUUAUUCAUAAGAAUUUGAAGAUCCUUCCAAAUGAAAAAAAGAACGAAUAUGCAAAAAAGUUUCGCUUAAUUAAAUUGAAGCUAUUAAAAGGAGUGAUAAAAUGUAUUCGAGAGAAGAUCUGGGCAAUAUUUUUUCCGUAA